CUCCCGGGCGCCGUGCCCGUCCCCAAGGCGGCUCGUCACCGCCGCGAGGCCAAUGGGCUGGGCCACGCGGCCGCGCGCACUCGCACCCGUUCGCCCCGAGUCCCUCCCGCGCUCUACCCGGCGCCGCUCUCCGGCCCUCGCCCAGCCCGCCGCCGCCGCCGUCGGAGCCGCCAUGCAGCCCCCGCGCGCCCCGUUCCUCCCGCUGCUGCUGCUGCUGCUGCUGCUCGCGGCGCCCGGCUCGGCGCAGCUGUCCCGGGCCGGCCGCUCGGCGCCCGGCGCCGCCGGGUGUCCCGAUCGCUGCGAUUCCGCGCGCUGCGCCCCGCCGCCGGGACCCUGCGAGGGCGGCCGCGUCCGCGACGCGUGCGGCUGCUGCGAGGUGUGCGGCGCGCCCGAGGGUGCCGAGUGCGGCCUGCAGGAGGGCCCGUGCGGCGAGGGGCUGCAGUGCGUGGUGCCCUUCGGGGUGCCCGCCUCGGCCACGGUGCGGCGGCGCGCGCAGGCCGGCCUCUGCGUGUGCGCCAGCAACGAGCCGGUGUGCGGCAGCGACGCCAAUACCUACGCCAACCCGUGCCAGCUGCGCGCCGCCAGCCGCCGCUCCGAGAGGCUGCACCAGCCGCCGGUCAUCGUCCUGCAGCGCGGCGCCUGCGGCCAAGGGCAGGAAGAUCCCAACAGUUUGCGCCAUAAAUACAAUUUCAUUGCCGACGUGGUGGAGAAGAUCGCUCCUGCCGUGGUUCACAUCGAACUGUUUCGCAAGCUUCCUUUUUCUAAGAGGGAAGUUCCGGUGGCCAGUGGGUCUGGGUUUAUCGUGUCUGAAGAUGGACUGAUUGUGACAAACGCCCACGUGGUGACCAACAAGCACCGAGUCAAAGUCGAGCUGAAGAAUGGCGCCACCUAUGAGGCUAAAAUCAAAGAUGUGGAUGAGAAGGCCGACAUUGCACUUAUCAAAAUUGACCACCAGGGAAAGCUGCCCGUGCUACUGCUUGGCCGCUCCUCAGAGCUGCGGCCGGGAGAGUUCGUGGUGGCCAUCGGAAGCCCGUUUUCCCUUCAAAACACUGUCACCACUGGGAUCGUCAGCACCACCCAGCGUGGCGGCAAAGAACUGGGGCUCCGGAACUCGGACAUGGACUACAUCCAGACAGACGCCAUCAUCAACUAUGGAAAUUCCGGAGGCCCAUUAGUAAACCUGGAUGGUGAAGUGAUUGGAAUUAACACACUGAAAGUGACAGCUGGAAUCUCCUUUGCAAUUCCAUCUGAUAAGAUUAAAAAGUUCCUAACGGAAUCCCAUGACCGACAAGCCAAAGGCAAAGCCAUCACCAAGAAGAAGUAUAUUGGCAUCCGAAUGAUGUCACUCACAUCCAGCAAAGCCAAAGAGCUGAAGGAUCGCCACCGAGACUUCCCAGAUGUGCUUUCAGGAGCGUACAUUAUCGAAGUAAUUCCUGAUACCCCCGCAGAAGCUGGUGGGCUCAAGGAAAAUGAUGUCAUCAUCAGCAUCAACGGACAGUCGGUGGUCUCCGCCAACGACGUCAGCGACGUCAUUAAGAAGGAAAGCACCCUGAACAUGGUUGUCCGCAGGGGCAAUGAAGAUAUUAUGAUCACCGUGAUUCCCGAAGAAAUCGACCCGUAGGCAGAGGCAUGAGCUGGACUUCAUGUUUUCCUCAAAGACUCUCCAGUGGACGAUGCAUGAUGACUCUGGGCUGGUGGCAUCGGAUGCCCAAGACUUUUGACGGCCAUGUUGCUCCUUCAGCAGAAACACUGGCCAGCAGAAUCCUUCUUGAUAGUCCGCAGGCAGAGCCAGUGUAACGCUGUAGACCCGCAGGCAGAAGCUCGCCCUUCUGUAGCCCAUGUACGCAGUGUGCUUUUUCUUGCCAGCUUGGACUGUUCUUGCUCUGACAGUCGACAUUUGUCUCCUGCUUUAACCGAGUCAUCACCGUAGUCCAGCUAAGGCUGUUGCUAUAACGCAUAGAUAAGAGGAAGGUCCCAGGGGAGCCAGGAUGGUACCGGGCGAGUUUCUGCUUUCCUCCGAGUCAGCACCCAGAGGAGGGAGAUGCCGAGACCACGGGAGGGUGAACGCUGGCUUCCAAAAUGGCCAAAGUUGCCUCUUUUAGGAAUCUCUUCAGAACUGGGAGCACUGUGACUUGGAGUUUGAGCUAUUAAAAUACUUCUUCAUA